AUGUUACGACGAACCAGAAGAGCAUCAACAGCUUGCUUGUGGUGUCAUCACCGCAAGGUGCGAUGUGAUGCCUCGAUCCUAGGCUGCCCGUGCACGCGCUGUCGCCAGGACGGUCGCAGCGAUUGUGUUCUCCGAAGGAAGCUACCAAAACAGCAUGCCCAAAGAUCAAAAGAUGUCGCUAGCCAUACUUGUUCGCCACCUGAUAUUCCUUUCGAUGAGAGUGUCUCCCAAAAGACGUUAAAAAGGCCCGAGAGCUCAUACCAUUCAACGGAAAUACGUGGUGUAUACGACGAUUCAAACGCGACAGACCAGGACACCAAAUCGUCUCAACUCGAGGAUUAUCCAUUCCUGUGGUCGGAUGGGCUGACAUCACUUGCGCCCGAAGACCUCGCAUUUCUCGGUUCCAGAGGCUCCUUGAGCAUCCCCAACCGGGCAUACGCGAAAGAGUUCGUUACACAAUACUUCCUUCGAAUUCAUCCAAUUCUUCCGGUAUUAGAGGAGAUCCAAUUUUGGCGUGCCUUCGAGGGAGAUGGUACGGAGAAAGUCUCACUUUUUGUGUUCCAAGCCCUUCUGUUCGCAAGUUGUCCGUUCGUUCCAUUGGAGACGCUGCAGCGAUGUGGAUUUGCAGACAAGCGGGAUGCGCGGAAGAAAUUGUACAACCGAUCGAAGCUCCUUUACGACUUGAUGGUAGAGCCAAAACUAUCCGCGAGAGCACAGGGGGCAAUACUUCUCACUCACCACACAUCGGCAGAGGCACCGCAGGCGGGAAGCCUAUGGUUGACGCGCGCAAUCGAGAAUGCAAUGCUUAUUGAUACCAAGCCUUCAGUGACCAUUGAAAAUGUCCCAGGCUCAGUAAACAAACGGUUGUGGUGGUCUAUCCUACUUCGAGAUCGAAGUCUUUGUAUCGGUCUCCGUCGUCAACCCCAGAUCGCAUCGCACAAUCUCCACGGUUGCCGCGACUGGUUGAGAGAAGAGGACUUUGAACAUGAGAUGCAUGGCUCACCAGUCUACGACUAUGGAUCCAAAAAAGCUCUUUUUGUGGCCCUGCAAGAUCAAUGCCGAUUGGCCGUUCUUCUCACAGAUCUUGUUUCCUUGAUUUUUACUCCUCGCGUGACGACGGCAGCUUCAUAUUCAAAAGACGCUUUCCGGGCACUGAUGUGCACAAUUGAAGAAAUCAAAAAAUCUCUCAUUUCUUGGGAAUCAAAAGCACAGGCACCACACAACUCGGAUGGUACAGCAAGUCGCCAUGACCCUUCUUUAGCCACAAAGAACCUGACAUUCAUGUACUAUCAUGCGGCCCGCGUCGAUCUUGCGCAAUACGCAGCCCUUGCUAUCGAGGAGCACCUUGCUCUCACAACGCAUGUCUACAGGGAAGCGGUACUUGGGAUUGGUAAAGACUUGAGUGCCGGUAUCAAAGGUUUGACCUCUGUCAUGGAAUACUUUAGCCGUAACGGGCAAGUGGAAAAUCUACCUUUGAGCGUUCUCGGUUACGUUGGAAUGCCCCUCAUCCUAGCAGCGAUCGAUCUGAAGCUUUCACCAUCAUGCGAUGAAAUGAAGAUCCGACAGAAACGCCUGGAUUCCCUGAGUAAAAUUAUUCGCCUUUCUGAAUCUCUCUACGAUGUUACAGACUUUGUCGCAGCUGGAACCAAUCACAUACUCCAACUUGCCUAUGUGACUACGCAAAACUUCUUUCUUCCGAGCGGGUCAUUCGCAGGAAUGAUAAAUGACAGGGAGGAGCGGGACCUGAUCGAGAAACGAAGAAAUCCCCAAGCUCGAAACUUGACCAGGCUUGAAAACACAACUUCCAUACGCGCAAAAAGCUGGCUUGAUGCUUUUUUCCGAUGUCCCCGAGCGUAUCUAUUGAUAUCGACAUCAGUGGAUUAUAGCCUUUCGGUAGGUCGUCUUCCCUACGACACAUCUCUGCCAGCUCUAGUUCGCGAUAUUCCAGCAAUGGGUUCAAUAACGCAGCUUCCUUGGACUAUCGAUACAAGUUUGACGAAUGGCACUCCUCUAUAUGAGGAUAGAGGUGGUGCUUCAGGCCGCUCGGAGUUUAGCGAGGGGUCAUUCAACUCAGAGAAAGGAGCUUCUGCAUCAAAUACGCAAAUGCAGGAGAGAAGGACGAUGAUUGAGAAUGUGCCUGUCCAACAGACCCCAAUGUCUGAAAAGAAAGAGUGGGAUGAGAAUAACACGCACCACAAUGAUCUCCAGAAACUCAUAUUUGAACCGAGGGUACCUAACCUGGAAACAUCAUAUGAGCCCAUUACCAGUGCCGUGAAUCUCGACUUCUUGGAUUUAGAUGUCAGUUUGGAUGGCGAGGGCAUCAUGUGCUACGACUCGCCUAUCAAGUCUUAUGAUAAUGUUGGCCCCCCACCGAUAGGCAUCGUGGGCGAAAAGGAUAUCCAUGCAGGGAAGCUGGCUCACAUGGGGAUUGGCGGUGGCCUGAAUCCAGGGUUCCCCAGCGAAGGUCUCGAUCCGAUUCUCUUCGACUCCUUGUUUCAUGAUUCAUCAGGUGGUGGCUAUUUUAAUGUAUGA